AUGGCCACUCAGUUUCUGAAGAGGUUGACACUACACACCAUGAAGGCAGAUAAUAACUGUAUGCUAAAGAUGGCCCCAUCCCUGAGGGUGCCCUUCCUGGUCCACGCACCAGCGUUCUGUACGGAUGAAGGUGCCCAGGGUGCGAGAAGGAAGGUGGCCAAGACAGACACAGCCUUGACUAACAUAGGGAGGAAAAUCAGCGAGCGCAUUAUCCAUGUCAUUGAUGAGAAGGGUCAGGACUUGGGCACUAUGCACCGAGCGGAUGUAAUUAAGCUCAUGGACAGGCGAGAGCUGAGGCUGGUGAAACGCAACGCCAGUGUGGAACCUCCCCAGUACCAGCUCAUGACGGGACUCCAGAUCCAUGAGGAGCGGAUGCGGCUCCGCGAGAUGAACAAGGCCCAGCCAAAGACAGGGCCAACGCUGACAAAGGAGCUCACCUUUUCGUCGGGUAUCGGCCAACACGAUCUAGACACGAAGAGUAAGCAGAUUCGGCAGUGGAUUGAGAAGAAAUACCAAGUUCAGGUGACCGUGAGGAAAGGCAGGAAUGCAGCAGAGCCCGACGACAAAAUGGAGGUGAUACUCCAGCGAAUCCUCCAGACCCUGCCUGGGAUAGCCACCUUCUCCUCCCAGCCCCAGGCCGUGAAGGGGGGCAGGGCUAUGAUGUGUGUGCUGCGUCCUCUGAGCCCCAAGGAGGAGCGUCAGAACCAGGAGCGCCAAGAGGCCCAGGCCAGGGUCCCCCUGACCACAGAACAUGGGCAGGACACACAGCCAGAUAUUGAGCAUCGGUGA